UCGUCAUGUAAUGAUAUUACGGUCGUGAUAUUAUGUGCAGCAUCCUCAGCCUUAAUCGGAUCACGGAAAGGUCUUAAAAAAAAAUGAAAAAACAACCUUAGAAUCCCAGAAGUUAAGAAGCUCUAUCUGCACCCGAUUCAAUUAUUGGCCAAAAAUUUGAAGGUUCUCUUUUGUGCUUUUCUGGAGAAGAAGAUCAUGUGUGGUUUAGUAACGAAUCUGCAUCUGAUUGUAAGGCGCAUAGGGAUAUUAAUAAUAAUAUUCACAAUGUCUGCGGAAUCGAUGCGUUUCGACCUCAAAUCGGGCGCCACAAAAUGCAUAUCGGAGGAAAUCAAGAGCGACGCCAUGACCGUGGGCAAGUACCACGUCGUCUAUUCCAGUGAAGGCUUUCCCGUCCCUGAUACCCACAAGAUCAACGUCAGGGUCAAUUCGCCUCACGGUCAUAGUUAUCACUACGAGAGUCUAGUGGAAUCCGGUAAUUUUGCGUUUACUGGGGUUGAAGCUGGUGAUUACAAAGCUUGCUUUUGGACGCCUGAUCAUAAACCCCCGGUGACAGUGGUAGUUGAUUUUGAUUGGAGAACUGGUCUUGCUGCAAAAGACUGGUCCAACGUUGCUAAGAAAGGCCAGAUUGAAGAAAUGGAACUUGAGUUGAAGAAAUUGUAUGAGACUGUCUCAUCCAUUCAUGAUGAGAUGUUUUAUCUUCGUGACAGGGAGGAAGAAAUGCAACAACUCAAUAGAGCAACCAACUCCAAGAUGGCUACCUUUAGUUUCCUCUCGCUUGUGGUUUGCUUAUCAGUAGCUGGUUUGCAGUUAUGGCAUCUGAAGACAUUCUUCCAGAGAAAGAAGGUUAUCUAAUUUGACCACCAAUUUCCAUUUUUUGUAUUUUCUUUUAAUGUUUCAUAGGCUAUAUAUCAUCACCAAUCCAUUUGUUGGACUAUUCGUACUACUUGCAAAACUAGUUUUAAGCAAUUCAAGGUAAGUCCCUCUCAUCUUUUUGAGUUCAUGCGGUUGAAAGUUCUGUAGAAAACAACCUAUUUUCAAAAUGUGAAAAUUUGACUUGUUACGAUCUUUGGAUUUCUGCUGUUGUGUUUGUGAAAAUGUGAAAAUAGUUGCAGAUUGGCAUGGCAAAAUUUUUUCCUUUCCAAGUUUUUAUCAUAAUGUAUUAGUGCCAUAGUAUUUCCCAAGUCCAAUGGGGCACUGAAUGCCAAAACUAGAACUUUUUGUUAUCCGAACGCAUGUAAACUGAAUUCUUUCUUAAAAGCUCUUUAGACGGCUUCUCAAGCGCGUGCUGGGUGAGAGGACAAGAAAAAAAAAAAAAAAACUCAAGAACAAUCAGUAUAACUCCUGGUCUAAAAGGAGAAUGCUGCAUACUGCACUCUCAUCUCACGAUUAUCUUAUUAUAAUAAAGCAACAUUACUCAUCAAUCUUUAAA